AUGUCAGCCAGCCGUGUCUCCCAUCUUCUCAAAUCCUCAGCGGCAUCCUUCUCCGCUAUCAAGACCGGUCUGUCAAGCGGUAGCCGGUCCUUCCACACCUCAUUGCCACGCUCGGUCGUGUACCCAAAAGCCGACGUCCAAACAUUCACCAAGGCGAUAAGCGCCAAAGACCGCAUUGCCGUGGUCGACUUUUACGCCGACUGGUGUGGCCCCUGCCACCAACUGGCCCCUGUCAUCGAAAAUCUGACGAAUGAACCGCACAAAUCCGGUUCUGGACUUCCGUUCGACCUAGUCAAAGUCGACACAGACAGUGAUGCAGGCCAAGAGCUGGCGAUGAAGUACAAGGUCCGCGCAAUGCCCACUGUGAUUGCAUUCCGUGAUGGUGCUCCCGUAGAGCAGUUUGUAGGCGCUCUUCCCGACAGUGCCGUCAAGGGUUUCCUUGACCGACUGUAA